AUGGAUUUUGGAAGAAGAAGAACUCAAAAGUACACUUUAAAAAGUCCAAAAUUGGAAUGUCUAAGAGAGCUAGGAUCUUUGGUGGUUAAUCUUGAAGACUUCAAAGGUAGAUAUGGGAGACUUCUACCUCUUUUGAAGACCAACAUGAUGGAGGGGAUUCUUGCUACAUUGGUCCAAUUCUAUGAUCCGUUGUACCGGUGCUUUACCUUUCCAGAUUAUCAGCUUGUGCCUACCUUGGAGGAGUUUUCUCACUUGAUUGGCCUACCCAUCCAUGAUCAAGUUCCCUUUUCCGGUUUAGAAGAAAUUCCAAAGCAUAAAGACAUUGCAGAAGCUACUCAUUUAAAGAUGUCUGAGAUCAAAGCUAAUAUAACUACAAAAGGAGGAAUUCUUGGCUUGCCUGCUAAAUUCUUGAUAGAGGAAGCUCGUUAUUUUGCUAGCAUGAAUAGUAAGGAUGCUUUUGAGGCUAUUCUUGUCUUGCUUAUCUAUGGAUUGUUCCUCUUCCCUAAUGUUGACAACUUUGUUGACAUUAAUGCUAUCAAAAUAUUCUUAAUUGGAAAUCUAGUUCCUACCUUGCUUGCAUAUGUUUACCAUUUAAUCCAUCACAGGAAUUUUCAUAAGGGAGGAAUGAUCAUAUGUUGUGCAACUCUUCUCUACAAGUGGUUUAUUUCGCACUUGCCUCGAUCUACUGCCUUUUGGGACCUUAAGGACGGUUUGCUAUGGUCACAAAAGAUUAUGUCUCUCACUCAUUCUGACAUUGAUUGGUUUGAUUGUGCUUAUGAGGGGGUGACAAUUAUUGAUAGUUGUGGUGAUUUUCCUAAUGUACCUAUUCUUGGUGCAAAGGGGGGCAUUAACUACAACCCGAUUUUGGCUCGCCGUCAGUUUAGAUACCCAAUGAAGGACAAGCCCAACACCAUCGUCUUAGAGAGUUUCUUCUUCAAGGAAGGAGAGGACAACGAAGCAUUCAGAGAAAAGAUUAUGCAUGCCUAG